CUUCCCCUCAGGGAAGCAGCAUUGAGCCACAGACGAGCAACACAAGGACAGAUACAGACCUUCGGGAAUUUAAACUGAGAACAACAAAUAUUUCUGUUGCUGUUUAUUUGACUUAUAACCUGGAUUUACAUGAUGUCUAAGUCAGGUCUGUCCAGUGGAGAGCAGUGCAUCAAAUACAUCCUAUUCGCCUUUAAUUUCAUAUUUUGGCUCGCAGGUACAGGAGUUUUGGCUGUUGGUCUCUGGCUGCGUUUCGAUGAAAGAACUAAAGGACUCUUUACUCCGGCAGAUUCCCCAUCUGUGUUCCUCACAGGGGUCUACAUCCUCAUCGUGGCAGGUGCCAUCAUGAUGGUGGUCGGGUUCCUCGGCUGCUGUGGAGCGAUAAGAGAAUCGUCAUGCAUGCUGGGAUUGUUCUUCGUGUUCCUGCUCAUCAUUUUUGCAGCAGAGGUGGCCGCUGGAAUCUGGGGAUUGUCCAAUCAAGACAAGGUCGUGAAAGAUGUCAAAGAUUUCUACACGCAGACAUUCGACAACUACAAAAGCACUCAACAGGAAGCACUGAAGGAAACUCUGCGAGCAAUUCACUAUGGAUUGUCCUGCUGUGGAAAAACAGGAACUUUGAUUGAUGGAGUAUCUGACAUCUGUCCCAAAAAGGAGGGACUUGAUGUCAUUGUCACAACGAACUGCCCAAGCGCUAUUGAGGACGUCUUCACCUCUCGGCUUCAAGUGAUCGGCGGUGUUGGGAUUGGCAUUGGCGUGAUCAUGAUCUUUGGCAUGAUCUUCAGCAUGCUGCUGUGCUGCGCCAUCCGACGAACCCGGGACAUCGUAUGAGCUGUCCGUACCAGCCUGUUUUCUGCUCUGUAUUUAUCUGACUUUGUGAAGCUGUGUGUGUGUGUGAGUGUGUGUUUGUAAACUUCUAACAAAGCCCUGCAUUAGUCAACCCCUCCAAAACUGUUACAUGUCCUUUAUACACUGAGUGGAACAAUGAAGUGCACUAGAGGCUGCUUUUUAUUUCUUUGGUGUCUCGACUAAUGUUCUUUUGCCUCUUUGAAUGUACUUGCAAGCUUCUGAUAUUCUUUUGUAACAUUUUACGUGGCUUAUUUUAUGUACCUAUAUGGGUGUCUGGAGAGACGGAGUAACACCUAGUAAAUUACCAAUAAAGUUAAUAACUAAUUGA